AUGAGGUCAUUUAUGAGAUCACACAAGAGAGAGUCUUCUCUCGGAAGUGAAUCCGGGCUGGCUCCCCCUCAGAUACCGAGCAGAUAUGCCGAACUUCAUGGAGAAUUUGUGCCAAAACCAUCUGUCACUGCCCCGUCUUCUCCGUCAUCUAUCACUACAGAGAGGAAGAGCAAAAACCCCAUCAAGGUGUUCAUGAAACACAAGAGAUCUUCCUCCAAUCUGUCUCCAGUUUCACCAACGGUAAAGAUUUCCACCCAUGAAAGCCCACACGGCCUGCCGUUGUUGGGCACCAAGCUGGGCAAAUUGAACAAACAAAAUAGUUCGCCCGAGAGCAUUCCAAGACUGAAAGCAUCCAUGAGUUCCGAUAAUAUAAGGCCGACCAUCGUCGGUACCCGAACGUAUGACUGGGGAAGCAAACCAGGCACUUCCAAAAAGAAUGAAAUUAAACCUGAAAUAGUUGAUAGAAUCAAUAAUGAUUUUUCAAGGUCGAGUAACGAUUUGAUCGAGAACCCCUUUUGGCCACGCUACAAGAGCGUGGGGACGGUUGCUCUAGACCCGGGUGCUUCAAAGCCUGCGAGAUCGAAGGAAGAUCCCAAUUCAAAUGAUUCACAGUUCUCCUUCGACAAGAGUUCAUCUUCAAUUUAUUCAUCCCGAAAAGAGCCCACGAAGCAGUCAGUGCCUGCAUUAAACCUGAAAGUUGACAUAUUCAAGGAUGAAGCGGAUGAGAACAUUGUGCCUGUCACUCCCAUAGAUCAGCAGAUUUCUUCAGAGUUCUACGAUCAACCACCCCAGCAUGACGAAGAUCCCCCAAGUGAUUUAUCGUCCGUUUCUGACUUUUCUUUCGAGGAGAACUGGAAAAGCUGUAGAAACACCUCCAUUCGGUAUUACAAGAGCCAAGCACAGCUACAAGUAGAGGAAGAUAAAAUAAAGUCUAAACAUGAGGCUCAGUUACAAAAGAAUUUCCUGGGAUCUGACUUCAAUAUGGAAGACUUUCAAGAAGACUUUAAUUAUGAUGAUGAUGAUUUAGGGGAUGAUACUGAAGAAUUGUUCAAUAGAAAUCUAUUUGAAGAUGAGGACGAAGAGGAGAAUGAACCUGUGUGCCAGGACGAUUGCAAGGAGAAGUGGGAAGCGGUCAAUAUUAGCCAAUCCAAGAUUGAACCCCCUUUAUCUACUAGUUUGGAAAGGGACUCACUGACACCUGAGAAACCUAGCAUGGACUUGUUUGGGUAUCUGGAUAAAGCUGAAGCUCAAGCAGGUGUCCAGCCACCUCCGAAGAAAGAUCAAGAAACUGCCAAUAAAGACACGAAGGAGCAUGAUCUGUUUAAUGAACUAGGUCGCCCCAAGGAAAACCUCAAAGUCCCUACCAGUGAACCUCCCAAAGGACUUUUUGAUUUUUUGCAGAAUGCUGAAGCUAAGCAAUCGCAAGAACGACUCAACACACAACCAUCAUCUCAAUCUCCAUCACCAUCUCCAUCGGAUACACAGCCAACAAAUAACAUCUUAUCGUUAUUAGCAAAAGCAGAGAAUAAAGAGGAGGAGAAAUUGACUCAAGAGAAGGCCAAAGCACCACCAGUUACCAUCAAGCCCAACACGUUCUUGUACCCCGGUAAAAGUAUCAAGUAUCAUCAGCUUGCUACUACAGAAGACACUAGUUUUACUAGUCGAUAUUCGUGGUUCCCAGAUGAUGAUAAAUCCGAAAGUACACUUCUAUCCGGUCAGCUAAGGGUACCAACUUCAGAAGAUUUGUAUUUGGAUGAAGUUAAUAGGAUUCCGGAGGAUAUCAAUGUCUCAGAGUGUCGAAGAAGCAGAUCAUUUCAAGGAGUACAGACCCCAAGUGAGUAUGAUAUAAAAGAAUGUGAAGGUUUCCGGAGAUUCAAAUCAAUGAUCAAUAAACCAAAUAAGAGAAACGGAGUCCCCAUUCUGGGGUCCGUAAAACCCAGGUCUAAUCGAUUUGAACAGAACAAUAAAACUGUGACCCUUUUCCAUCAUCAAGUUCCAACUUUGCAAACAAUUCAUGGCCUUGGCUCCGAUUCAUCGUCAUCUUCUAGAGAGUCGGACGAUUCAUUCAAAAACACAAACGGAGAACUGAUAACUCCAAUCACAUUUAAUGAAAUGCCACCCUUUCUUGGGUUUAAGAAUCAUCCAGAUUCUCCUUUAACUACAAUCAGUGAAGGUUCUUACGACGGCACACAGUCUCCGUUGGAAACACAUAUCAGUAAUUUUUAG